AAUUUCCACCAGUGUGUGCUUCUUCUUGCUGCUCGGCACAUUUUGUAUGAGCGCUUGUCAAUUGUCAAAAUACGAGUAUAAAAAUUUCAUUUCAUUUUUUCCCCCCUUCGAACGGUGUGAUCAUUCGAAGCCAGCAACGCUGAACGAACGCAUCGGGAGAAAAUAAGAAAAACAAAAAGCCAAACGCAAACGCAAACCAACCAAAAAAAAAAAAAAGAAAAGAAGCGGAAAGCAGAGUGUGUGGUGUGUGUGGAAGUGUGUGCGAGCAACAAGAAGCGGAGGCAAGAAGGAAAAGAGGAGCAGAAAAGUGGAAAAACUUUCGUCAAGUUUGCGUUCCAUGGUAUUUCAACAAUAAAUUCCGCACGCCAGGCCAAAUUACGCAAAAUAAUCCCCCUAAUCAAAAUGAGCAGCUCCGAGGAAGUCUCCUGGGUCACCUGGUUCUGUGGACUUCGUGGCAAUGAGUUCUUCUGCGAGGUGGACGAGGACUACAUACAGGACAAAUUCAAUUUAACUGGUUUAAAUGAGCAGGUGCCCAACUAUCGCCAGGCCUUGGACAUGAUCUUGGAUCUGGAGCCGGGUAAGAUCGGAAAUAAAAAGAUAUCAUACGCAUACUUACUCAUAUUUUUCAAUCCUUCAGAGGACGAGCUCGAGGACAAUCCCCUGCAGUCCGACAUGACCGAGCAGGCCGCCGAGAUGCUCUACGGCCUCAUACACGCUAGAUAUAUACUAACAAACCGCGGCAUCGCUCAAAUGAUCGAGAAAUAUCAAACUGGCGAUUUCGGACACUGCCCACGUGUCUACUGCGAAAGUCAGCCCAUGCUGCCAUUGGGUCUGUCGGACAUCCCCGGGGAGGCAAUGGUGAAGACCUAUUGCCCCAAGUGCAUUGACGUGUACACACCAAAAUCGUCGCGCCACCACCACACCGAUGGCGCCUAUUUCGGCACUGGAUUUCCACACAUGCUCUUCAUGGUGCACCCCGAGUAUCGUCCCAAGCGUCCUACUAAUCAGUUUGUUCCAAGGCUGUAUGGCUUUAAAAUACACAGCUUAGCUUAUCAAAUUCAGCUGCAGGCAGCAGCCAAUUUUAAAAUGCCACUACGAGCGCAACGUGGUCAGCCGCCCAAGGACGAAGAGCCUGAGAAUAAUGCCGAUACGGUCCCCAAGCGCCUCUAAGCCGAUACACACCCACACAGACACUUGAAUUCAAUCACAGGCAGACAAACACACACACACACACACCUACAGGCCGGGCCACACUGAAAACAAAGUUUGGAGAAGCGAGCGAGAAUAUGUUUACGAAAAAACCCCAGAUAGACAGGAAGGACCAACAUCAAAAUCGUCAACGCUGGAUCCAAAAGCAGAAAAGCCAUUAACACACAUACAGAAACGAAAAACACUCACACACAGUCAGCUCCUGUUCGAGAAAAUAAGGAAAGUAGGAUCAGGUGCAGUGUGGCCAGAGCUUUAGACGAAAAGGUAAAAAAUAAUCUAAUAACAAAGAAGAUCAAGAAAUGUAGCGUUAUUUUUUUAGAUUGCAGCCUUAUCUUUUCGGUAAAUAUUUGUUUAUUAGUUAUUUCAAAAGUACUUCUUUAUUCAAAAUAAUCAAAUAGAAAUAUAUAUUUUUAAAAAUACUUUUAUUUCACGGAAAAGGGUUCUCAAAUUCUCAAAAACUGUUAUUAGAUUACUUUUCACUCUGCGAAUUACACUAAAACUCAGGACACACUGAACAGGUGUAUUCAACUAUAUUCUUUGCAUUUUAUUUAUUAAGUGAAAUGAAAGGGGCUAUACCGAUUUAUAAAUAGUCUUUAAAAUAUUAAGUCAUGUGGCCGGAUACCCACCUCUGUUCCCUCAAUUCUAUUUCUACCCCUGCCCCCCGAUUUCGAGCCCCAGCCUAUUUGCUUCUUCUUCAAAGCGUACUACUUCAAGAACUUGGAAAUAUCGAAAGCCGAAAACUGAAAGCUGAAAGCAGGAACCCAAAAACAGCAACCACAACAACAACAGAUAAAACCAAAACUGAACGUGAGCCGAAUUCGAAAAAUAUCGGUGUUCCCUUUUUCGAAAUCUGAGAGUGCAUAUACUUAUAUAGAAAUACAUAUACAUAUAACAUAUAAACAAUAUACCGUUAGCUUAUUUAUAUAUGUACACACACAUACACAUACAGACUGUUCCCAAAUUUCAAAUUGGGCUUAAAUUAAACGAAGCCGGAAUUUCAGUUAUUUUCAACUGCCAAAAGAGCCGAGAAAUUUAAAAGUUCUGUGGCGGUGCUUGAAUUUCUGCUCUUCCGAGUUCGUUGAAUUCAAGAUCGAAUGCGAAAGCGAGAGCAGAACUGAUAUUUAAAAAAAAAAAAAAAAACAGAAAACAACAAAAUAUUUUAUGUAUUUUUUUAAUGUAUUUAAGAAUAAUUAAGAUUAAAAAAUGAAAUGAUAAAGCAGUCGUCGAGAGAAGAUAAUACCGUUAUCACAGGAAUUAUAUAGCAAAACAGAGAUAAGGUUGAUAUGAUGCGCAAGGAAAUGAUGAUGAAUUUCAAUGCCAGCGAAUGAAGAGAAAACAAUAAAGAUGAUGAAAACCGAAA